AUGGCCCUAUUCCUCACGCGUUCGCUUCUCCUGCUGGCACUCCUGGGGGCCCUGCCGGGUGCCCGGGCUGCAUGCCCGGUGCCCGCGGACCUGAAGCCCGAGGGCGGGCCUCGCUUGUGUGCCCGCCUGUAUGACAAGAGCGAUGACUACGAGAACUGCUGCGCGGGCGCCGAGCUGAGCCUGGAGCCCGGCGCCGACCUGCCCUACCUGCCGUCGGGCUGGUACCACGUCGCCUCCUCCCUGGUGGUGGGGACGCGCUGUGAGCUCACUGUCUGGUCUCAGCGCGGCAAGGGGGGGAAGUCCCGCAAGUUCUCCACCGGAGCCUACCCUCGGCUAGCGGAGUUUCGCCGCGGGCUAUUUGCAGAUUGGAACAAGGCCAUCGCGGGUGUCUACUGCAAGUGUAACUAA